AUGGCGGGUGCCAGUGUGGUCGCUUGUUGCUCCCUGGUCAUCAUGGCCCUCAUGGCCGCGGCGGCGACGGCGGGGUCCGUGCCGGCGGUGUACGUGUUCGGCGACUCGCUGGCGGACGUGGGGAACAACAACCACCUGCUGACGCUGCUCAAGGCGGACUUCUCGCACAACGGCAUGGACUACGCGGGCGGCAAGGCCACCGGCCGCUUCAGCAACGGCAAGAACUCGGCAGACUUCCUCGCCGACAAGCUCGGGCUGGCGACCUCGCCACCGUACCUGGCCCUUUCCUCCAGCAGCAACGCCAACUACGUGAACGGCGUCAGCUUCGCCUCCGGCGGCGCAGGAGUCUCCAACGCCACGAACAAGAACCAGUGCAUCACCUUCGACAAGCAGAUCGAGUACUACUCCGGCGUGUACUCCUCCCUCGCGCGCAGCCUCGGGCAGGCCCAGGCGGCGACCCACCUGGCCAGGUCCAUCUUCGCCAUCACCAUCGGCAGCAACGACAUCAUCCACUACGCCAAGGCCAACAACGCCGCCACCCCUUCCCAGCAGCAGCAGUACGUCGCCGCGCUCAUCCAGUCCCUCUCCGGCCAGCUGCAGAGCCUCUACAACCUCGGCGCGCGCAAGGUGCUGUUCCUCGGCACGGGGCCCGUGGGCUGCACCCCGUCGCUGCGGGAGAUGAGCUCCGCCAAGGUCUGCAACGCCGUGGGGAACUCCAUGGCCGUGCAGUACAACAAGGCGGCCGAGGGCGUGCUGAGCGGCAUGGCCGCCAAGUACACGGACCUGCACUACGCGCUCUUCGACUCCUCUGCCGCGCUGCUCCGGUACAUCGACCAACCGGCGGAGUACGGGUUCGUCGAGGCCAAGGCGGCGUGCUGCGGGCUGGGGGACAUGAACGCCAAGAUCGCCUGCACCCCGCUCAGCAGCUACUGCGCCAACAGGUCGGACCACGUCUUCUGGGACUUCUACCACCCCACGGAGGCCACCGCGCAGAAGCUCACCGCCACCGCCUUCGACGGGUCCGCGCCCUUCAUCUUCCCGAUCAACGUCAGGCAGCUCAGCGCCAUAUAA